UACAAACUUCACAAAGAUGGUGUCUUUGUUACGACGCCUUGACAAACUUCUGUCUUUACAAGCAAAAAUAUCCCCAAAAUACUUACUAAAACCCAGCCAGGUUCGAUGGUUUGAUGGACUUAGAAACACUCGAAGCAUUCAGGAGAUCAAAGACGAUUACGAUCAUCACAAACGCAAUAUUUCAGAGUCCUUCCAGCAUACCAUCAGGGAUGAGAGAGGAAUAUUUGCCAACAAUGAGCUCAGCCUCAAGUACAUCGAUGUCUAUGGAUUUGAUUAUGAUUAUACCCUAGCGUCCUACUCUGAUGCUCUUCACUUCCUAAUUUAUGACUUGGCCAUUGGUAAUUUAAUCAGCUUUUAUGGGUACCCCAAAGGCGUUGAAGGAAUGAAGUACAGACCAGAUUAUGCUGUUAGAGGACUGCACUAUGACACAGCUAAUGGUUUGCUGAUGAAAAUUGAUGCCUUCCACAACAUCAUGCUUGGAUCUGUGUAUAGAGGUUUACAGCAAAUACCAGAUGAAGAGGUAUUCAGGAUAUAUGGUGGAAUUCACCUGUCCAUUUCUAAAAUCAACCCAGAUUUACACCUUAAUGAACUUGGACAAACAAUGCACCACAUGAUUGACAUGUUUUCCUAUCCAGAGAUGUGUCUACUGUCAAAUGUUGCUGAGUUUCUUUAUCAAAAGGGAAUUCCGUAUGACCCUGAGAAUCUAUUUCAUGAUUGUGUGAGUGCAGUAGAGAGUGUUCACGCUUCAGGGCAGAUGUAUGAGGCUGUUAUGGAUAACAUAGGAACAUACCUUGAGAAGAGUCCGCGAUUAGGACAGUUGCUCAAUAAAAUGGUGUCAUCUGGUAAAAAGCUAUUCCUGAUUACAAACAGUCCAUAUGCAUUUGUGGAUCGCGGCAUGCAGCACAUGAUAGGAACAGRAUGGACUGAUCUGUUUGAUGUCAUUGUAACUAGAGCUAGAAAACCAGCUUUCUUUAAACAAGUAUACAGGCCUUUUCGCUAUUUAGACACUACUCAGGGCCUUCCAACAUGGCGGAAGGUAUCCAAGUUCGAAAAGGGCAAAAUCUACCUUGAGGGGAACGUUGAACAGUUCAUUAAGUUUACUGGCUGGUAUGGACCAAAUGUACUUUACUUUGGCGAUCACGUGUACAGUGACCUUAAGGAUCCAGUUCUUCAUCAUGGAUGGCGCACAGGUGCAGUCGUUCCUGAGUUAGAGCAAGAGAUUAAGAUAUGUAACGAUCCAGAAUACCAGAAAUCUGUGACGUGGCUAUUCACCUUACAAGAUCUUAUUGCAGAGUUACAGGCCCACGACCGUGCAGAGAUAAUGUCCACAGUUGAAGAAUGGAAAGCCGAACGAAGACAACUACGAAAGAAGCUAAAAGUCAUGUUCAACCCGCAGUUCGGCAGCGUCUUUCGCACGUACCACAACCCUACCUUCUUCACGCGCCGUCUUAUGCGACUUGCAGAUAUCUACAUGUCUUCUGUUGAAAACUUCCUGCAGUACGAAGAAAACCUGGUGUUUUAUCCCAGACGGGCUGCGUUACCUCACGAACCUGUUCUGGAUUUUAGAUAACUCGCAUUUAUGUGUAACGCGUGACACUUUUAUCACUAAAUUAAUACUUGCGUGACAAGUCGCCAGUCACUGGAAGCCAAGGCUUAGCUUUUUAAUAUAACUGAUACUGAUUAAAUCAGAAAAAGAAAAAAUGUGUUUAUAUAGAGAUUUUCAGUGUGGGCGUGAUAUUAUCCUGUUUCAGAUCACGUGACACAUCCAUAUUAAUGUAUCUUCUUAAAAAGUUUUCGGUAAAGAAGAGAGUAUUACUCGAGAGAAUGACGAGUGUUUUGAAUGGAAAAAAGAAAUUACCCCAGCAAUAAGUUGAAUUAAAUGGCGUUUAUAUUGCCUAAAAUAGUUAGAUGUAGUAAAGAUGAGCGACUUAAAAGUUAGGCCUGGGCUCCCUGUAGUUUUGUUGCAUGACACUGGUCGAGACCAUUUUCGGACCCAGAAGCCCACGCUGGACAAUAGGAACGUGGGCUCUGGGUACGAGAUCGACUGGAGAUUUGUCAGCACUCUUUGUUAAAAUUUUUUUAAACAGAACAGAAUUGUCAAUAUUGAUUUUAUAACCAUAGAAAUGUAAAUACGACAAUAUAGCUAAUUUAUAUGUAUAUGGAAAAAGACAAAUGAUUUGCAAUUGAAAAUUAAGAAAAAAAGCAAACAAAGAAACACUAAUAAAAAUCAAACUUACCUAAAUUUU